CAUUGAAAUUGUCUCCUCUGUUCCAGUCAAUGGAUCAAAUAAAUAAAACUGUAGUUUUUGAAUUUGUAUUGUUGGGACUCUCCAGUUCUUGGAAAAGUACAAUUUUCCUCAUGUCCACCUUCUCUUUGCUCUAUGUAAGCAUCAUCGUGGGAAAUCUUUUCAUUGUCUUUUUGGUAAUUACUGACUCCCAUUUACAGUCUCCUAUGUAUUUUCUUUUGGCCAAUCUGUCCCUCAUUGAUGUUGGACUUUCCUCUACCACAGUGCCCAAGAUGAUGUCAGAUCUUCUGAAAGAGCACAAAGUAAUUUCUUUCCACAGUUGCAUGACUCAGAUCUGCUCCAUCCACAUUAUGGGAGGAGUGGAGAUGGUGCUGCUCAUAGCCAUGGCGUUUGACAGGUACACGGCCAUCUGUAAGCCUCUGCGCUACUUGAGCAUCAUGAGCCCUAGAAUAUGCAUUUCAUUUGUAAUUGCUGGCUGGGUCACUGGAGUGGUCCAUGCCCUGUCACAGUUCUCUUUUGUUGUGAACCUGCCUUUUUGUGGUCCUAACAGAGUGGACAGCUUUUACUGUGACUUCCCUCGAAUCAUACAACUCGCGUGCACGGAUGGAGACAAGCUUGAGUUUGUUGUUGCUGCCAACAGUGGCUUCAUGAGCAUGAUGACCUUUUUCUUGCUUCUCCUCUCCUAUGUCUUCAUUUUGGUCACAGUCUGGCAAAGGUCUUCAGGGGACUUGUCAAAGGCGCUUGUCACUCUGUCAGCUCACAUCACUGUGGUUGUUCUAUUUUUUACUCCAUGCAUGUUUCUCUAUGUGUGGCCUUUCCCCACAUCAUCGAUCGACAAAUACCUGUUCAUUGUUGACUUUGCUGUCACCCCUGCUCUUAAUCCUGUCAUCUAUACUUUAAGGAACAAAGAUAUGAAGGAAGCCAUAAAAAAGCUGAGCAAGCAGAGAUGUUACAUCAGAAUUUUAUGACCAAAUCUGUCAUUAGAGUUUGUUUAUGACUACAGAAACCUGUAUUUUCCUGACUGUUUGACAUCUUCAGUUAACAUGUUUUACAGGCCA